AUGGUGGAAACUAUAACCAGCAACGAAAAGCCGACGCAGGAGCAGGAGCGGGAGCAGGAGCAACAGGAACAGCAUCAUGCGGUUGUACCGGCACCGUUCGAUCCCUCUACGGUACAGCUUCAGGGCUUUGAAGACCCCAGAAAUUGGUCCCCGCACCGCAAAUGGUCAAUGGUCGCCAUCAUCUCGCUUAUGGGCUUCAUCAGCCCCCUUGGCUCCUCCGUCGUGGUGCCCGGCAGCCUAUUCAUCGAUAUAGAAUAUCAUCUUCGCUCUCGAAUUCUCUCGUUGUUACCGGUCAGCUUUUUUGUCCUCGGCCUCGGGAUGGGUCCCUUUGUUCUGGCGCCCACCAGCGAGCUCAAGGGCAGGCAACCCGUAUAUCUCGUCUCCAGCCUCAUCUUUAUCCUCUUCAACAUUUCUACUGCACUCGUCGACAAUUUCCCAGCCCUCUGUUUUCUCCGUUUCAUGGCCGGUGCCGCGGGAAGUGCCGGCCCCAGCUUAGGUGCUGGUAGCAUUGGCGACAUGUUUGCGCCAAACGAGCGGGGAAAGGCACAGUCGCUCUAUGGUCUCGGGCCGUUGUUGGGCCCCGUGUGCGGUACAAUUGCCGGCGGCUGGAUUGCCCAAGAACUCCGGUCUUGGCGGUGGCUGCUCUGGAUCCUGACUAUCUUGUCGGGGGCCAUUGCCAUCAUUGUGGCCAUUUUCUUGCGAGAGACAUUCGGCCCUGUGCUGUUGCGCAAGAAACGCGGGCGGCUCGCGCACCGCGACGAGCUGGCCCUCAACGCGAAUGUACCACCAGCCGCUCUUCACGCGCCCGCGCCGCCCCUUUCGGUCGCGUCUCUCCGCCGUGCCAUACAACUCAUCACACCAAGUGAGGAGAUGAGGACCAAGCUGAAACUCGCCUUCUCCCGACCGUUCCGCCUCCUCUUCACCAACCCCAUCUGCGCAAUCUUCAGCGUAUACAUGGGUUACAUCUACGGCACCAUCUUCCUCUUCUUGACGCAGCACCCGCUUCUCUUCCAGCGAAGAGAAUCACCGGACUCGCCGUCGCCCAUCAUCCUUCCCACUUACAACUGGGGCUACGGAAUAGCUGGCCUCACCUACCUCGGCCUCGGACUCGGUUUCAUCACGGCCGCAACGAUCAACGUGCUGCUCCAGGAUACCAUCUACGCACGCCUGGUACUCGCCGAUGGUCGCCUCGGGUGGUUCCUCUUCACUUUGGAUCGUGAAGAAGUUCGACCGAAGAUGUUGAAGAGCCUCGAGGCGGCUGCGUCUUCGAAGUCCGCAAAGCUCGAAAAUGAGAAAAGGCAGACGGCAGCAGAAGCCCAGGCAAGAGAUCUCGAAAAGGGCGGCAACGAAGCUGGGCCGUCUUCAUCUGCAGCCGUUGCUGUUACUGCCUCUUCCACGUCCUCCCCCGUGGAUUCUCCACAGCCAGCCCCAGUAUUGAUAACGUCGAAGCCACCGUUAAAGGGAAGGCCAGAGUAUCGCCUUCCGCUGUGCUUGCUCGGCAUGAUCAUUCUCCCCUGCGGUCUUUUCGUUUUUGGCUGGGCCGCCGAGUCUCGUGCGCACUUUAUGCUUCCCCUCGUCGGCAGCUUCCUGGUUGGCGUGGGUUCUAUCCUGCCAUUCCAGUCCAUUCUCGUCUAUCUCGUCGACGCAUUCAUACCCUACAGCGCAUCCGCCACAGCGUGUGCCGUCUUGGUCCGCUCCAUUCUUGCCGCCGUCUUUCCCCUCUUCAGCCAACAGCUCUUUGUCCAAUGCGGCUACGGGUGGGGCAGCAGCAUCAUUGCCUUUAUUGCCCUCCUGGCCGUUCCUGUGCCCAUUGUGCUGUACGCAAAGGGCGAGCGUCUGAGGAAUCGGUUCAAGUUCAACGGCUAA